AGGGAGCUGACAGAGCAGGGCUGGUGAUACCAGCCAACAGACGCAGAGGAAGGAGGACCCAGAGCUGACACUGACACAGCAAGCUAUUACACAGCCUCUGAGCACACACCUGCUUACACACACACACACACACACCUGUGACUCCAGCAGGGUAUUCAGACCAGCACAGAGGAGGACCUUAGCCUGGGAAGAGACGCACUUAAAAGUCCCUGCUGGGAUCUUAGAAGUCACUUUGACUCCAGAAAAAUGCAUUUUCAAGUGCAAAGGGAGUGAGCUGAGCCCGGUCCAGAGAGAGAAAAAGAGGAUCAUCUGACAUCUUUUUCAGUUAACAGAUAAUCUGGAAGUUAAGGACAGACCAAGAAGAGGAAAGAAAAGGCCGGAGAAUCCAAAGGAGACAAAGGAGAGGGUAGACUUAUAUUUCUGAAGAUGGAACAGUCUCCGCAGAUUUGGCACAUGCAGGACACUGCUGGAGAGCUGCAAAAGAAGGUCAUGAGCCAACCGGAGUGCUCCAUCUGCUACAAUACCUACGACAAUGUCUUCAAAACACCCAAGCUGCUGGAGUGCACCCACACCUUCUGCCUGGAGUGCCUCUCCCGCCUCAUGGCAGUCUCGCUGGCUGACCAGGACGGUAACGGCGGCAGCCUCUCUUGCCCCUUCUGCCGUCACCCCACCACACUGCCCGAGGAGGGGCCCCCGGCCCUGACCACCAGCCACGAGGUCCUCUGCAAGCUGCCCAGCCACCAGCAGCAAGAGGAGCCGGUGUGGCUGGACGGGGAGAAGCUGUGUUACAAAAGCUCCAGGCACAACGCUGGCUCGGGCGGCCCUGACGGUCCCACGGCCUUCUGCAUCUGCAUUGACAUUGGGGCCAGCAAGACAGUGGACAUUCCGAUCCAGACGCAGCCCCGGACUUUUGGCCUGCUGGACCGGCUGGCAGACUGGAAGAGGAUGGUGCUGUUCAUCGUGCUCAUGGUGCUGCUUGUUGUCGUCGUGUUGUGGCCACUGCAGUGUGCAUUCAGCAAUGGGAACAUGCGCUGUACGCGAGCACCCAUCCACCCCACUACCAUCACAACUACUACCACUACUUUCAGCCCGCUCACCAGAUCAACUGGUCUGACAGAGUAAACUUCUAGACUGAAUGGACUUCACUGUAACUGUACAUAAUAUUGUAAAUGACACAUUAGUAAUUAUAUUUAAAUAUUUGACAUUGUAAUGUUUUUGUGCAUAAUUGCACUUUUGGUGAAUGCACAUUGUUAUUGCUACGCACAACUGUUAACACCUCAGAUUUUUAAUCUACAAUGGAACCACAGGUGUUAAAGCCAUGAUGACUGUCUCCCAGUGGUGGUUUCAAAAAAGACACUGUGGCAGAACGCACCAGGGGACAGAGAUGAAAGGGCUGUGUUAUUGUCUCAUAUGCUAUCAGACUAAUUUGAAUUACUUGAUUUUUUAAAUUGUAAUCGCAUACAAAUUCUACACAUAGCGGCUACAACUCUACAAAGCUGGAAUUGAUUCUUUUCAACAGCUCUACAUUAGCAGUAGUACAUUACUAAACUGUUCAUACAAGCUUGUAACGACACCCAAACGUGGAGGGAGAUGAUGACAGGCACUUUCCCUCAAAUCAUGGGACACAAAAACAUUCACAGAAGCCAAAUUUUUGCACUUUAAUCAACACCUGUAGUUUGAAAUUAGAUAAGAAUUUUCGGUCUAACUGGUUUGAUGGAAUUCGUUGUUAUAUUUGGACACUUGAUUGAGUAUCAGAUAACAGAGAACUUUGUUUGCAAAUAUCCGGUUGGGUAAAGAACAACAAAGAGUCAAGUUAUUAGCAACAAACAAAGGUCUGUCCCAAAAGAAAAUGAAUGUAAUCCCAAUGUGCCAAUUAAGAACUCAAACUUUAUAUAUUGUACAUUUGAUUUGUGUGUUUUGAUAUGUUCUUGUUUACAGAACUAUAAUAAAAAAGUGAGGUAUUAGCUUAGAUCAUGUUUCUGAGAACCAAUGAAACAUUUGUGUAUGACAGCCUCAUUAUUAAGAUUGAUAUCAUUUGAUUGUGGUUUAUCAUGUCCAUGUAUUUUCUCUACGGCUUAAAAACUAAAUUUACUGCAGCAUCAGUUGGUGGUUUAGUCUGAACAUCAGGUGUAGUAAAUUCCCCUAAAACAACACCGCUCCUGACAUGCUUGAAUGCAAAUUAAGUAUUAGUUUCAGAGUCGAUUUGCAAAACAUUCGAGCCAUUCACUGGCCGCUGUUAGUCAUUUCCUCCCUAGCUGAACCUUCAACACAUAUCAAAGACUAUCAAAGUCAAGCCCUACUUCGUCUCGACAGGAAGUUGUCUUGGAUUAGGUGAGUCAGAUAAUGGAAAAGUUGUGGGGUUUUCCGAGAAACUCACUUGUGACACAUGGUUGAUAAGAGGUUAAUGUUAAAUUCUAACAUUCAUUUAGGAGUGGCCAUAAUAAAAGUGCAACUUCCUCGAGCACCAUUUAAACUGCCAGUAAACAUGGCUAACCCAUAGAUGCAGGGGAAAAAAAGACUCAGUCGUGGCUGGAAAAUUACUUAAUGAUAUUCCCCCCUAAAUGAAUAAAGGUAAAAAAGAAGACAAUAAUAAAUAUUGUAUUUAAAAAAUGUUUUUAAAAGCUUCCUAUUAGUUGGCUUCAUUUUUCUCUAGGGCAUUUAAACUACACAUCUUCAAAAAUGAAGCCUAUUAUGAAGUUGUCGGUGUGUUACGUUUUUUUCUUCUCCCCAAUAAAGCAGAAUGAACAGCCUGCUUCCUUGUGGAUAGCGGCUACAUAAAACUGUUUUAACCAACACUUCAUGCAGCACAUUUGUAAAAAUGCUGAAAAUAACAGAACAGCACAAAUUUCAAACUCAUUAUGCUUGUUCCCUCGUUUUACUUUGUCAUUUAUUAUAAAGCACAAUUUCUAAAGGCUACUUCAACCAUGAAAUAAUCUGUCAUUACUGGUGAAAUCUGUGUUUUUCUGGAAUGCGUUUCCUGCCUUGCUUUCAAUAUUAAUAUUAGUUAAGUCGUGUUCAUUGAGCAAUAUUCUCGGUCAUCAUGCAGUUCAUGCGGUAGAGCACUUUUGCAAUUGAAGAGACAACCAGAGUGAAUAAGAUGGAGAGCCACAGCAGGGUCUAACACAAACACUGUUUCAUAACACACCGUGUUCUCUGCUGCUUCUCUUCUACAGGGAUUGUACCUGGAGGCAUAACAAUCCAAGAUACAGAAAGCUUGCUUGUUACACCAAUCUUUCUUUCACUUCGGGGCAAUUUUUCCAGGAACCUUUCCCAAAAAUAGCAUUGAAGAGAUUCUCCAGCUCCUUCCCCCAGUAGAAAAACUGCUCCAGAUUCACAAGCAAAAACAACAGAAACUUUAACUUUACAUAGUGCCAUCAUAGAUUUUUAUUAAACUAUAUGAUAAUAAACAAUUUAGAUGCCAUUUCUGGCAGCUCAUUGCAUUUGUAGCCUAUACAGCAAAAAGGCGUCUGGGCAGAGCCAGUGCAAGAAGAGGAAAGGGAAAGGGAAGAGCCUCCACUGUACAACAUGGGAGCACUCAGUAUACCACCACUACUCACUUCAUACUGUGACCAACAGAGGAACAAGGAAUCAGAACAAAAAGAAAUCGACAUCAUGUUCAAGUAAAUGUAAGAGGACAAGCAGAAAGAAAAUACUGUGUUACUACUGCAUACCUGCAUACUGGUUCAACUCAGAGCCAGAAUUUACUUAUCGAUGGUGAAAUUACACCAAUAAUAAUAGUAACAAUAAUAAUAAUAAUAAUAAUAAUAAUUCAGACACAAUACAAAAUACAAGAGUGGAUAAAAUAAUCAAUUAGAAAUACAAUUUGAAACAUAUCAGCAAAAUGAAACAUCAACAACAACAAUAAAACAACAAAACGGAUGCACUACAAAAAUACUUCCACAGCCAAUGGACAUCCACGCACAGCCUUAGGCCAAAGAUUCAGCAGUUUCACACUUUCAAGUAUUGAUGUUUCACCAUAUCAUAAAAAAUUUUGACCCAUAGAGGCAAAGUGAAAUACAAUAAAAAUCAAAAUUAUCCAUAGCGCAAGAUAGUUCAGAAACACCGAAACAAAACCACAAAAGUCGUUUCUCAUUCAUCGGACAUGGAUCACAGUUCAGAUGGGGAAAGAACAAAAGGAAAAACCAGAGGGAUUCAAACACCUUCAUUGUUUGAAUAUAACUGAAGUACAUCAAGUGGUGCAGCAUAUUUCUAACAGACAUGGGCCUUCACUGACACAGGGCCACUCAUUUCAUGAAACAUAGCUUUUAUUCACAUAAAGAAUCAACCAUAAAAAUACAUAGGCAACAAUUUAUACCAGGAAAACUCUCCACUCUGACAGACAAGUGACUGAAAUCACUAGACAGACAAAGCUUCAACUGAUGUAUUGAGACCUUAAUAAAAUGACUCUGUGCUCUUGUAAGCCUUUAAAAGACCUCUGUUGUCAAACAAGACGAUAUGGCUGCUGCAGGUUACACUGUUACUAUAUUUCAAUAUCCCCCACAAGGUCAACAGUAUCAAAUUAUAGUUUAUUUCAGUGCAAUGACUGAGUACUAUUACCAUCCAUCCAUCCAUUAGCUAUACUCAGUGUAAGCUGGGAUUGGCUCCAGCCCCCCUGCAGCCCCCCAAA